AUGAACCCAGGACACCUCUCCUCGUCCUCGUCCGCCGGUCCAAGAUCGCAGAACCGUCUCUCGAGCGCUUCUAGAUCAUCUGAUCUCCAUGCACGGCGGACGUCGAGCUACUCCCUUCACUCUCACGACCAUGCGCAGACGGCUGGCGGAGCUGCUGCUUCUACGGGCGUAGACAUCAGGCAGACGGCUAUAACAGAGGAAAUCAGCGAAAUAAAACGAUAUGAGGACUUUACUACAAUUGACUGGGUCCAGGAUGCUGUUCAGGAGCAGGCUCGUCGGCGCAUAUGGAGGACUAAGGGAGCUCGGUUCUGGGACCAAGAAGGUGCCUUUGGAUGGAGACGGAAGCUCGACGAAGCUUACGAUGCAGGCCAGGCGUGGCUAGUGAUGACCAUUGUUGGUGUGGCCAUUGGUCUUAAUGCUGGGUUUCUGAAUAUUGUCACCGAGUGGCUGGCAGACGUGAAGCUUGGGUACUGUACCACGGGAUUUUACCUGAACGAGGCCUUUUGCUGCUGGGGCGCAGAUGACGGCUGCCCCGAGUGGAAGCGAUGGAGUUCUUUCUCUCUCUUCAAUUACAUUGUCUACUUCAUGUUUGCGAUUCUUUUUGCUUUCAGCUCUGCAGGGCUCGUCAAUGCAUUUGCCCCAUAUGCUGCGGGUUCUGGUAUAUCCGAAAUCAAAGUCAUCAUCGCGGGGUUCAUCAUGAAAGGUUUCCUUGGUGCUCGAACUCUAGUGAUAAAGUCGCUUGCUCUACCUCUGUCCAUUGGUUCUGGCCUUGCAAUUGGUAAAGAAGGGCCUAGUGUUCACUUUGCUGUCUGUACAGGCAAUGUUAUAUCUCGUUGGUUCAGCAAGUAUAAACGAAACGCCGCCAAAACCAGAGAGAUUUUGACUGUGACUUCUGCUGCGGGUGUCGCAGUUGCUUUUGGAAGCCCCAUCGGCGGAGUGCUGUUCUCUCUUGAGGAGAUGGCAUCUUACUUCCCGCUGAAAACUCUCUGGAGAAGUUACUUCUGUGCUUUAGUAGCGACUGGUGUCCUUGCUAUAAUAAAUCCAUUCAGAACGGGACAGUUAGUCAUGUUUCAGGUUCAGUAUGAUAGAUCAUGGCACUCAUUCGAAAUUAUCUUCUUCAUUAUCCUUGGAGUUUUUGGUGGCUUGUAUGGCGCAUUUGUCAUGAAGUGGAAUCUGCGAGCACAAGCAUUUAGGAAGAAAUAUCUUUCGAAACAUCCAAUCAUUGAGGCCACGGCCCUAGCAGGUCUUACGGCUUUGGUUUGCUAUCCAAACAUGUUCUUGAGGAUCAACAUGACCGAGAUGAUGGAGAUUCUCUUUCGGGAGUGCGAAGGGCCACAUGAUUACAACGGGAUUUGCCAAGCUAAGAACCGCUGGUCGAUGGUCUUUUCUCUCCUAGGAGCGACUAUUCUACGCAUAUUCUUCGUUAUCAUAUCCUAUGGAUGCAAAGUUCCUGCUGGUAUCUUCGUGCCGUCUAUGGCCGUUGGAGCCUCGUUCGGCAGGAUGGUUGGAAUCCUUGUCCAAGCUCUCCACCAACGGUUUCCGGACUCACAGUUUUUUGCAUCUUGUGAGCCUGAUGUUCCAUGUAUUACUCCGGGAACCUAUGCGCUUCUUGGGGCCGGCGCUGCUCUAAGCGGGAUAAUGCACUUGACCAUAUCAGUGACGGUUAUCAUGUAUGAACUGACAGGUGCAUUGACUUACAUUCUCCCUACAAUGAUUGUGGUUGGAGUAACAAAGGCAGUUAGUGAUCACUUUGGUAAAGGAGGCAUUGCUGACCGCAUGAUCUGGUUCAAUGGGUUCCCAUUCCUUGAUAGCAAGGAAGAACACAUUUUUAACGUACCAGUUUCUCACGCCAUGACAAGCAACCCGAUUGUAUUUACCGAGGCAGGACUUUCGAUCAAUAAGGCCGAACAGAUGCUUCAAAAGCAUAAGUUUCAGGGUUUCCCUAUUGUCCAAGAUCUCGACUCAAUGACCUUAGUCGGCUUCAUUGGCCGCACCGAGCUUCAGUUUGCCAUAAGACGUGCAAAACGGGAGGGACUCUUAGCACCAAAUGCUAGGUGCCAGUUUGUCCGGCAGCGAAACUCAGCCAGCGGUGGCCCUACAUCAAGCUCUCCGACCAGCGACCUAUUUGGACCUUCUACGCCCUCGUCUUCCUCCCCUCCUCUAGGAAGUGAGUGGGACACAGGCGCAACACCCGUUACAUUUGAUGAUAUAGCAUCAUCCUCUGGAAUAAGGGUAAUCGAUUUGAGCCCAUAUGUUGAUAUGGCUCCCAUUACCGUCCAUCCUCGCCUCGCUCUUGAGACGGUGAUGGAAAUAUUUAAGAAGAUGGGCCCUCGGGUUAUUCUGGUUGAGCACCGUGGCCACUUAUCAGGACUUGUUACCGUGAAAGACUGUUUGAAGUAUCAAUUCAAAGUGGAACAUCAAGAGCAUGCGGAUGCCAAUGCUGCUACAAUUGGUGAUGCUACUACUGGUAUCCAUGCUGGUCUUGAGGAAGGAAUUGUAGAAAAGAAGGCAUGGCAGCUAAUUUUAUGGGCUACUGGGCUCGCGAAGAAGAUUUUCCGAAUUAAAGGGGCAAGCACAGGGACAGGCUACACCCAGGUUUCUCAAGAGGAACAACAACGAAGACAUGAUUCCGUGGAGAUAGUUGAUGGCACUGAAGACGUGGAUACCCAUUUCGAGCUAGAAGAGCGGGAUCAUUAG